AUGAAGCCCCUGCUGCGCGAUGCGACCCUGGACAUCCAGAGGAGCCACCGUUAUGGCUUAGUAGGCAACAACGGACGGGGGAAGACCACGUUGAUGUCAAAGUUGGCAUCGGGGCACUUUGAGUUGAAGGGGCUCAGCCGUUGUUACAUCCAGUACGAAGCCAUCCUCGACGGUGUUGACCCGGCCAUGGCGUGUGCAGAGUAUAUGCGGUUGAGGUCCGGCGUGGCGGAUGUGCCCGGACUCGAGAAGCUUCAGCCGGGAUUGACUCUGGAACAGCUAAGCGGCGGCUGGCGCAUGCGUUUGGCAUUGGCUUGCGGACUGGCAGGCGACGCGGACCUGUACCUUCUCGAUGAGCCUACGAACCACUUGGAUUCGGCAAGCAGAGAUUGGCUUCAAGAAUGCCUGGUCAAGAGCAACAAGACGAUGAUGAUCAUUUCGCACGACCAUCGCUUCCUGGAAGCCGUAUGCACGGACAUCAUCCAUAUCACCGAUGAUGGAAGGCUGGACUAUCACCACAGUGGGUCAGAAAGAGCUAUGCAGCUUCUUGCAAAGGCUUCGGACCUGAACUUGUCAGGGGUUACGUCAAAGGUGCCAGAUGCACCGCCCGCUUUGGGUGAAGUUUCUGAUGCUUUCUCAUUUCCGAACCCGGGGGUGGAAGGUUUGCCCCGAGUCCUAGCAUCUCUCACAGAGUGCAGCUUCAGAUACGCGGGUCAGCCGGAGCUUGCUCUCGCAAACGCGUCCCUGGAGUUGACCAAGAGGUGUCGCAUCGGAGUCGUGGGAGGCAAUGGUGCGGGCAAGUCCACCCUUCUGAGUUUGCUGGCGCGGGACUUGCUACCAACCUGCGAGAGUGAUGAUGCGGUCUGGCACCAUGAGGAUGUAAGGCUGGCCUACAUAGCUCAGCAGCACUUUUACCACUUGUCAGAGCACCUGGCAGGGACGGCGGUGGAGUACAUACAGUCCAGAUUCGGUUCGGGCUGGGAUGAAGAGCUCCGACUUCGGCUUCUCUCGAAGGCUUCACAGCGAGUUCUGGCAGGGAGGCACGGGGGCAGGCCUUUCUACUGGGACGAGGCCUCCAAGUCUUGGAAGGGACGUGAGGUGGCCGAAAUCUUGGAGAAGAAGGCCGAGGCCGGGAGGCUGCUUUACAAGGUCCAGUGGAAGAUGCAGCCGGGCGAGGAGCAAGCGGGUGUCCUUGUGCACGACACCUGGGAGACGUCUCAUCGCCUGCGGCAGAUGGGUGCGGAGAUGCUUUGCGUGGCCUUUGACAGCAGGGCGGCCUACGGGCGCAUGGCUGCACGACCCCUGAGUUGUGAGGAGGUUCUGAAGCACUUGGGUGCAGUGGGCCUUACGGACCGGAUGGCGCAGCGACCCAUCGGGAGCUUGUCGGCCGGUGAGAUGAGUAAGCUUGUUCUGGCUGCCGCUCUUUGGAUCAAGCCUCACGUGAUCUUGCUUGAUGAGCCAACCAACUUUUUGGACCCCAGCGCCAUUGUGGCUUUGGAAGCCGGACUGAGGUCCUUUCAAGGUGGCGUUGUGGUGGUGAGCCACAAUGCGGAAUUCUUGCAAAAGUUGUGCACAUCAUUCUGGAGUCUAGAGCGAGGUCGCCUCAGCAUCCUGGAUCGGAAUGGCGAAGACAAGAGUGGCCGCAUCAGGUCCAAGCUUUGUGAGCAAAGAGCAAAGCAGGAGGAGCAGCUGGCAAGAGAACGCAAAGCGGUUGAACCGGUUCUCCAGGUCAAGCCUGAGAACGUUGGGCACGUGCUGAGUAGGACAAUGGUAGUGGAGAUCUUUCAGCACUUCCUCAACUUCACCUUGCCGAGCGACGCCAUCCAGCUGGCGGCCGAGAUGUUCAUGAUGCUGGCGGAGGAGCGAUUUCCUGCACGUGGGGAAGACUGGCUGGCCGCCGUGCUGGAAGCCGUCCUGCAUGUAGGCAGUUACACGCUGCAUGAAGAGCUUGGCCUUGCCGGCAUGUCGCCAAUCCUGGUCGCACUGGUGAAGAGCUUGCUGGCGAGGGGGGCGGUGAGUGGGGUCGACUAUGGGGCCCAUUUGGGAGCUACCUUCGCUUGCGAUCUUCAUCGCCUGCAAUUUCGCGCCAAAGCUUCGUGCUAUGGCGGAUGCUGCUAUUGCGGUGUCGACCUUGCACCCGAAGAGGUGGAUGCUCAUGGCAGGAAGUGCCACUUGUCUCCAUUCCGCUUCGGCCGUCCGUUGGCCCGAGCCAACUCGAAGGGUUCCGCAGAUGUCCUUGUCUUCGAGAUGUUUCACGGGACAUCCCCGGAAUGUGCUUCGGCCAUCGAGCGGCAAGGGUUUAAGCCCUCAGUCGGUGGGAUGCUCGGACCUGGCAUCUAUUGCUCGCGUGACUUACGAAAGGCCCGCAAGUACGGAAGCGUCGUGCUGCGGCUGGCGGUUUCCCUGGGUCGGGUCAUCACCAUCAACUACAGAGGCCACCCGCUGCAGACCACCUGGCAAACCGAGGAGGGAGGAUCCUUCGAUGCAGCAUGGGUUCCACCGCGCUGUGGGGUGGUUCCUUCUGGUUUGGAGGAGAACUGUGUUCGGUCGCCGUCCCAAAUCGAGGUGCUUGGCCGCGUGAUCACCGGAAGCGAAACGGUGUUCUGA